UCCUGCGGCAGGCGUGGGUCACGCUCUCGCUCACUCGCUCGCUCUCUCGCCGCCGCCAUCUUGGUUCCGCGUCCUCCGCACAAGAUGCCUGGUGAAGCCACAGAAACUGUCCCUGCUACAGAGCAGGAGUUGCCACAGCCUCAGGCUGAGACAGCUGUGCUUCCUAUGUCUUCGGCCUUGAAUGUUACUGCUGCUUUCGGGCAGACUGGCUCUCCCCCUCCUUGCUCCCUGGCCUCCCAACAGAGCCCUCUAGUAACUGCUAGCCAGCCUGCCCCGUUCCCUUCGCCCAGUAUUUCCUCAAGCCCUUUCGAAGUUCCUUUCCCCCAGCCCUCUUCUGACACAGCUGUGCCUCCGGGAGCUGUCCCUCACACUCCAACUUUCCUCCCACACCUGAUAGGGCCUCCCAUCUCCCCCGCUGCCUUAGCCUUGGCCUCUCCCAUCAUAGGUCCAGCUCAGAAAGGCGUGCGGCCCUCUUCAGCCCCGCUGUCUCUGGUUGCGGUGGCCCCCCACUCAGUUCAGAAGAGUUGUGUAUCUCCGCCUCGCCCUCCCGCCUCACCUUCCUCAACUGUUGCUCCCUUGGAACCAAAGGCCUCUGCUAGUCAGAUUCCCUGUCCUCUAUUCCCAAAGCUGAAAGACACUGCCCCAAACCCUCCAGGGGUAGUCAGUGUUCUUCCUCCGCCCCCUGAAACCUCCCUGGCCUCUGUUCCAACUGGAUUAGCAUCCUGUCCUCAGACACUGUCCAUCACUCCAACUGUCACUUCUCUAGUCAAGGGUGUCCCCAUGUCCUCAGCCCUGAUGCCACAGAAUACACUAAGCCCUAACCUAAAGAGACCGGUCAGUUCACCUGCUCAGAGCUCUGUAGCUCCCAGCGUCUUCCCAGCAGCCCCCACUUGUCUGGGCUCUCCGUCCCAGAGGCCUGUCAUCCCCCCACCCCCUUCCUUCCAGGCAGGGCUCCUGCCCUCCAGGCAAGAGCAGGCUGCUGGUCCUGUGGGGGCCCCAGCUUCUGCCCCGGCGCCAUCUGUUGACAGAGGCGCCUCUGCUCUUAGCGGUGUACUCUGCGGCCCUCCUGGCUCCUCAGCUGCAGCCACUCCUUCAUUAUCGCCUGCAGCCUCUCUCAUUUCCAAAGGUUCUUCUGGUGUCGCCCAACAGCCUUUGGUGACUCAAAUUCCUGCUUCUCAAAAAGAAACUCCUGUCUCGUGUGUUGGAGCCGCCCAACCUGCUAUAGUCAAGCCUCCCACCACUCCCACCACUUCUGUUGCCCCGGCCACAGUUUCCUCAGGUGGAGGCCCAGCUUCCCUUGCUAUCUCACAGGCAUCUGCUCCUCCAGAGUCAGCUCCACCAGGGGCGCCAGUUUCUCCUCUGCCGGCCACUGAAGGCCUUAAAAGUCUCCUCGCUCCCGUGUUGGUAAAUGUGGGAGCCCCUGUCUCUCCAGCCCAGGCAGGCUGCCCUACCAGGAAAAGCCCCACUCUCCUACCCUUGCCCCUGGUAGCACAUGAAGAGUCUCCCUCUCCUCAGAGUGCAUCCCCUGUGAGGGAACCUUCAAAAGACACUGUAACAAGGAAGGCUGUGGAAGAGCUUGCCCCUGUAGUGAAGGCAGCCAUUGCAAGUUCUUUCCCGGGUGCUGAUGCCCCAGCUUCGAUUGUCAAGACACACUCUGUCAGUUUGUCUCCCAAACACUCUGUCACUGUCCCACCAGUGACUCCGUGUCUCUUAGAGUCUUCUGAUCCUGAAGAGCUGGCUCCUAGAACUGCCAAAGGUACCUCUCCUUCCGUAGCAUCCGCUACUGCCGCGGCCCCUCCCGUUCCUUUAGCCUCUGAAGGUUGUCCUAUGGUUCCAUCUAUGGCUUUUCCCCCAAAAAAUGUUUCUGUGACUACUCUGGCAUUGGCCUCUGAGAUUUCCAAGUCUCUUCCCUUUCCUGCCCCUCCCUCGGCUGGGGUUUCUUUUUCCGGUGCAAAGAAAGGUGAUGGUGUUUCCUCUUUGGCAUCUCUGGCUGCCUCUCCUGAAGGGCACCCGGAAGACUUGGGUGCAUCUGUGUCUUCCAGAGGAACUUUUCCAGCUGAUUCUCCAUCUUUGGAGACUGGUGUGUCUCCUCAGACUCCUCAGACUAAAAGGCCUUCCCCCAAGAAGGGCCCUGCUCUCCCAGAUGUUUCUCCUGCAAAUCUGUCUGUGUCUCCUCUUUCUCCACUUGAUGCUCCCUUCCGUCCUUUUCAAGACCCUAAAGACUCACUUAAGCUUUCUCCCAUUGCUCUGUCCACCAAAGGGGCCCCCGGUGCACUGACAGAGACUCCUGUGUCACCCCAAAAGGUCCCAGCAACCUCAUCCCUCAAAGAUGUCCCCACUGUCCCAGCAGAAAUCCCUCUUUCCCCCCAAAAGACCUCAGAAGCUUCCAAACCGUUCUCUGCAAACCAGCCCCCCAGCGUGGCCCCUGUUGUACCAGAUGUGACUCCCACCUCUCCCAAAAAGACUCCAACAACUCCAGUUACCAAAGAUACUUCAGCAACCCUGUCACCCAGGAGUGUCACACCUGUGACACCAUUGCCUCCCCAAAAGGCUCCUGCAGCCUCAUCUUCUCCUGGAACUCCCAUUGCCCCUACUGAGAGUUCCCCCUCCCUCAAAAAUGCCCCAGCAACUGCAACCCCCAAAGAGACUUUAGCAACCCCACCUCCCAAAGUUGCCGUUACUGUCCCAGCUGUAACUCCACCCUCCCCAGAAAAGACUCCAAAAUCAGUAUCCCCUAAGAGUGCCCCAGGUAAGCCCUCCAAAAAGGCGCCUGUAGCUUCCAACGUGUCAGCGCCUGAGUUCCCCACAGAGGCUUCGCCUGUGCCAGCUGUGACUCCUCUGUCCCCACCAAAACCUGCAGCGACUGAGGGAAUCGGUGAGGCCCUGACAGGCCUGGAUCCCCCUAAAAGGGCUCCCAGAACUGCAGCCCCCAAAGAAGCGCUGCCUGAAGGGGUCACAGCUGUGCCAUCAGAGAUGUCUCCCUCCCCGAAAAAGACCUCAAAAACUGUAGUUCCCAGUGAAAAUGCAACUUCAUCCUCCAAAAGGUCCCCCAAAAGUGCAGCCCCCAAAGAAACUCCAGCCUCUUCAGACAGGGUGACUACUGUGCCACUGGAGAUUUCUCCCUCCCCCCAAAAGGCCUCAAAAACUGCAGCCCCCAAUGAAAAUUCAGCCCCAUCCCAAAAAAAGUCCCCCAAGAUAGCAGCUCCCAAAGAAACUCCAACUUCACCUUCUAAAGGGGUCACCUCUCCUCCCCUGGAGAUUCCUCCAUCCCCCAAAAAGACCCCCAAAACUACAGCCCAGAAGCAGGUUUCUGUGACCCCAUCUCCCAAAGACAACACAGCUGUGCCUCUAGAGAUUGCUUCCUCCCACAAAAAGGCCCCCAAAGAAAAUUCAGCAAACUCAUCCCCCAAAAAGCCACCCAAAACCACAGUCCCCAAAGAAACUCCAACCACAUCUUCUGAAGGGCUCGCCUCUGCACCACAACAGGGGAUCUCUCCUCCCCCCAAAAAGGCCCCCAAAGCUGGAACUCCCAAAGAAGCUCCAGCAACCCCAUCUCCUGAAGGCAACCCAGCAGUGCCUUUAGAGAUUGUUCCAUCCCCCAAACAGACCUCAAAAACAGCAGCCCCCAAGGAAACGGCACUGUUGUCUCCCCAAAAGGCCCCCAGAACUGCAGCCCCCAAAGAAGCUUCUGCAGGGGUCACUGCACCUCAACAGGAGACCCCUGCUGCAGCUGCAGCUCCCAAACAGGUUCCUGUGACCCCAGCUUCCAAAGGUGCUCCUGCAACCUUAGCUGGCAGUCCUGCCUCCUCUAAAAAGGCCGCCAAAACUGCAGCCCCCAAAGAAACCUCGGCAACCCCAUCCCCCCAGAGGGCCUCUAAAACUGCAGCCCCCAAAGAAACUCCAGCCCCAUCUUCUAAAGGGGUUGUAGCUGCACCACUGGAGACUGCUCUGUCCCCCAAAAAAGCCUCUAAGAUGUCUAGGCCCAAAGAAACGCCCACAAUCACAUCACCUGAAGGGGUCACAGCUGGGCCACCAGAGAAUCUUUCAUCUCUCAAAAAGGCCCCCAAAAUGGCAGGCCCCAAAGAAACGCUGGUAAUCCCAUCUUCCAAAAAGCUCUCCCAAACUGCAGGCCCUAAAGAAGCUCCAGUAAAACCUCCCAAAGGGGUCACAGCUGUUCCUCUAGUGAUUGCUCCCUCCCCCAAAAAGUCCUCAAAAACUGCAGUCCCCAAGGAAACUCCAUCUUCUGAAGGAGUUACUGCUGUACCACUGGAAACUGGCUCCUUUCCUCAAACUGCCCCUAAAACUGCAGAACCCAAAGAAACACCAGCAGUGUCCCCUGAAGGGGUCACCACUGUGCCACAGGAGAAUCCUGCUGGCACACAGGAAGUUACCGUCUCCCCCUCCUCCCGGAAGGAGGCCCCAAUUCCUGUAGCUCUUACAGAGGCUCCAGCAGCCCUGUCCCCCAGUGUUGCUCCUGCUGCGAUUCCCCCCUCUCCCUCAAAGAGUCCAAAACCACCAUCUAAAAAGGCACCAAGAACUUCGGCCCCUAAAGAAUUUCCAGAGAUGGCUCCCUCUCCACCAAAGGCCGCAGCAACUACGGCCUCCAAGGAGGCCUCGAUAACCCCAGCUGCUCCCGUCUCCACCAAAAAGGCCCUAGCUCCCUUAUCUCCUGAAAGGGCUCCCAUUGCCCCAGCAACAGUAGCUCCCAAAGAGGCCGCCACAGUGCAGUCUCCUAAAAAGGCCCCGGAAGCGGAAACUCCCAAAGAGGCUUCAACAACUGCAUCUCCCAAAGCGGCCCCUACUAUCUCUUGUGAGGCUCCUACAUCCCACAAAGAAGGACCAGUAGCCUCAUCCUCCCAGAGGACCCCAGCCCCCAAGGAAACCUCAGAAUCCUCAACCUGCAAAGGAGUUCUCUCCCCCACAGUUAAUUCUGCUCCGAAAAAGGCCCCGCCCUCUAAAAGGGCGCCUGCCCCCCCAGCUGUGGCGCUUCCCUCUGAUAAAGGGGCUCCCGUUCUGUCACCCCUCACUCCUGCCCCUAAACACUCCCCUGCUUCCCCGGUGCCAGUCACUUGUAGCACAGAGACUGUCAGCCCUCGGGCAUCUGAAAAGCUCCCAACAAAGAGAGACCCUACGGCUCUCAAAGAGGUACUUGUUGCACCCGCCCCAGAAAGUGCGCCGGUCAUCAGUGCUCCCAUUCAGAAAGGCCCAAGAACCAAGAACUCUGCUUCACCUCCGAAGAGCUCAGAUCCCUCUGCUAAGAGAGACACCAAGGGCCCCCUUUCUGCGGUAGCUCUAGCCCCUCUCACAGACCCUGUUGAGAAAGAUUCUUCACAAACUACAAAAGCUCUGCCUGUUUGCCCUACAAAAGGCAGUGAUUGUCUUCAUUCCCCAAAGGGUCCUGAGUCUCUGGCAGCAGUUAGCUCUGAGAAAGUCUGUCCUGGAGUGGGGUCAGCAUCUGUGCUUCCAAGGCCUACCCCACCCGCUUCCCUGACUCCCGCUCCCUCCCCAGUUCCCCCUCUGCCUCCUAAACAGCCAUUUCUUCAGCCCUCACCUGGGUCAUUGCUGGAGUCACCCUCCAAGCUCCCAGCCCCCGCUGCUGAUGAGGAUGAGCUGCCGCCUCUGAUUCCCCCGGAAGCAGUCUCUGGGGGUGUGCCUUUCCAGCCGAUCCUCGUCAACAUGCCCACCCCUAAACCUGCUGGGAUCCCUGCCCCAGCCCCCUCUGCCAAGCAGCCUGUUCUGAAGGACAACAAGGGAUCAGGAACAGAAUCUGACAGUGAUGAAUCGGUACCAGAGCUCGAGGAACAAGACUCCACACAGACAACCACACAGCAAGCCCAGCUGGCGGCAGCAGCCGAAAUUGAUGAAGAACCGGUCAGUAAAGCAAAACAGAGUCGGAGUGAAAAGAAGGCAAGGAAGGCUAUGUCCAAACUGGGUCUUCGACAGGUUACAGGGGUUACUAGAGUCACUAUCCGGAAAUCAAAAAAUAUCCUCUUUGUCAUCACAAAACCAGAUGUCUACAAGAGCCCAGCUUCAGACACCUACAUAGUUUUUGGGGAAGCCAAGAUUGAAGAUUUGUCUCAGCAAGCACAGUUAGCAGCUGCUGAGAAAUUCAAAGUUCAAGGUGAGGCCGUUUCAAACAUUCAGGAAAACACUCAGACUCCGACCGUACAAGAGGAAAGCGAGGAGGAAGAGGUUGAUGAAACAGGUGUGGAAGUUAAGGACAUAGAAUUGGUCAUGUCGCAAGCAAAUGUGUCCAGAGCAAAGGCAGUCCGGGCCCUGAAAAACAACAGUAACGAUAUUGUAAAUGCUAUUAUGGAAUUAACGAUGUAACUGUGUGACGUGACAGCAAGGACGCUCCCCACCCCCACUCUCUUUCUGGUGUUUCAGAAGUGAACUACAGCUUGGUUUGGAAUUUGUACUGUUUCUAUCACUAAUAAAGUUAUGGCUUCUUGUUGGAUGAACUCA